CAGCAGCAAGGAGGAAAGUAGCUCAAACAUCAGAAACGCCAAACAGCUGAAAAUCAGACUUUCGUCGAGGGAAAAAAAAUAAUAGUGUUAUGUUUUCCCGCGGGUGGAGGUUUGGUUGGGACAGGUACAGUGAGGUGGACCUCUUCACAGACCGCCAUGAGACCAGUGCAGAGACUCUCUCCCAGGCCAUUAGAGCUGCAGCGUCUGAGGAGCCAGACGCAGACGGCAGCGUACUUUUUGGAGAGCUGCAGGGCACUGUGGUCGGCCUCAGAUAUUAUACAGGAGUGGUGAAUCAAGGGGAAAUGGUUGGUUUAGUACGAGAGCCCCAUAAUCCACACGACCGCAAUGCAGUGAUGGUUGCCAACAUUUAUGGUAACCAGGUGGGACACAUUAAGCGGGAGCUGGCAGCAGCUAUGGCCCACGUCAUGGACAACGACUUGGCUAAAGUAGAGGGGGUGGUGUACUCAGGCACGAAAAACAAGUUCACCAUGCCUGUGAUGCUGUCUUUCUGGGGCAGAGAAGAGAACAAAAGUGCUGUGAUUGAAUGCAUGGCACGUCGCGGUUAUAAACUGAACACAGGUGGAGGCAGACCAGCAGGUGCAAGUCAAGCAUCAUAUAAAAGUUCAGGGGGAGGUUCAUUGCCAUCUAAAAAAGGUUUGACCAUCCCACUAACUGCAGAGGAGCUGAAGAAUGCAUUCGAUAAUCUGUUCCAAGGCUUGAUGGAGAGCAAAGACGGGGAGAAAGAAGCAGCCCAGUCUGUGGGUACUCCUCUCCUGCUUCAUCAGAAACAGGCAUUAUCCUGGAUGUGUGCUCGAGAAAACAAAUCUGCAUUGCCGCCCUUCUGGGAGAAGAGAGGCGAGCUGUACUACAACACCCUCACGUGUUUCUCUGCCAAAGAAAUACCAGAGAGGGUUCGUGGGGGAAUACUGGCAGAUGACAUGGGACUGGGAAAAACUCUUACAACCAUCGCUCUGAUCCUCACCAACUUUCACAACGGGAAGCCACUACCUGUGGAGAAAUGUGGGGAGAGGUCUUCCCCCGUCAAAGCCAAAAGUAAACUAAAGAUGGCCGCCAAACUGGAAGGAAGCAGCGCAGGUGAUGGAGUAGGAGUGAGUGGUACAGCAGCUGGUUCUCUAUGCUCAGACCCUCCCCGGGUGGAGGUGAUCUGUGCUGAUACACCAGAUAUAGUGGAGAUAACAGGCGAGUCAAAGAAAAGUAUGAGCCAAGAAAAAAUGAAAGCCACUAAGCGAAAGCCCAGUAAAGGGGCCACCGUGUUGCUGGAGGAUCUGGACUUUGCUGCAGCGCUGGGUGGCUCAGCAUCAGAUACAGCCCCAAAGAAGAAGAAAGCUGCCAAGAAGGCCACUCCCACACCGAGUGUGGAAUCCUCCAUCACUGAGAGUGCAGAUGAAUUAUCGGCUAGAACGACUCUCAUCAUCUGCCCUCUCUCUGUGCUCAGCAACUGGCUGGACCAGUUUGAGCAGCAUGUGGAUCCCAAUGUCAAGCUAAAUGUGUAUCUGUAUUACGGCUCGGAGCGCAACAGGAGCAAGACGUUUUUAUCGUCCCAGGAUGUGGUGGUCACCACUUACAACGUUCUGUCUGCUGACUUUGGGCAUAAGAGUCCGCUCCACGGGAUCAACUGGCUGAGGGUCGUGCUGGAUGAAGGACAUGUCAUUAGAAACCCAAACGCACAGAUGAGUAAGGCUGUGCUCAACCUGAAAGCUAUCCGGCGCUGGAUUCUUUCAGGUACUCCUAUCCAGAACAGUGUCAAAGACCUGUGGAUGCUGCUGGCAUUCUUACGACUCAAGCCAUUCGACGUGAGAGAGUGGUGGAACAGAGUGAUCCAGAGACCCGUUACUCAAGGACACAGGGGCGGCGUGCAGAACCUUCAGACCCUGGUGAAGUGCAUCACCCUGCGGCGGACCAAGAGCAGUGAGGUAAAUGGGUGCCCCCUGGUGUCUCUGCCUGAGAAGACCGUAUAUGUGGAGCAGGUGGAGCUGAGCCAGCAGGAGAGAGAGGAGUACGAGCUGGCUCGCAAUGAAGGAAGAAACACCAUCAGCAGAUAUGUAGCAGAAGGGACGGUGCUGAGGAAUUAUGCUGAUGUGUUGGCCAUCCUGAUGAGGCUUCGACAGCACUGCUGCCACCCUGAUCUGCUGGCAAAGAUGUCCUCAGAUUUAGGUGCUGCAGCGACGCCUGCAGAGCUGCGGGAGCGUCUGAUAGAGAAGCUGCGGUUAGUGUUGGCCAGCGGCUCUGAUGAGGAAUGCUCUGUGUGUCUGGACUCCGUCCGUCUCCCUGUCAUUACUCACUGCGCCCACGUUUACUGCCGGCCCUGCAUCGCCCAGGUCAUCAGCUCUGAGCAUGAGAAGGCGCGCUGCCCUCUCUGUCGAAGUGAGAUCAAGACCAGUGAGCUGGUGGAGUUUCCACAGGAGGAAAUGGAGGAAGAGAACAGCACAAAUUCUGAGAGGUGGAGGACAAGCUCAAAGGUGCAGGCGCUGAUGGGAAACCUGCUCAGGCUGCGAGGUGAAGACAGCAGCAUCAAGUGUUUGGUUGUCUCUCAGUUUACACGUUUCCUCACCAAACUGGAGACUCCACUCAGAGAGCAUGGCUUCAGUUUUGUGCGUUUGGACGGCACCAUGAGCCAAAAGAGGAGGUCCCAGGUGAUCCAGGAGUUUCAGAGUUCUGCAGCCGACAGCCCCACAAUCAUGCUGCUGUCACUCAAAGCUGGAGGGGUGGGGCUUAACUUGACCGCGGCCUCUCGUGUUUUCCUUAUGGACCCUGCAUGGAACCCGGCUACUGAGGAGCAGUGUAUUGACCGCUGCCACCGUCUGGGCCAGAAGAGGAACGUCGUUGUCACCAAGUUCAUUGUGAAGAACUCAGUCGAGGAGAACAUGGUGAAGAUCCAGAGGCAGAAGCAGGACUUGGUGGAGAAGGCGUUCGGCUCCACAGGCACCGACAGGAAAACCUCUCGCAUUGAUGACAUUAAAGCUCUGAUGGAGCUGUAAUUGGCCAGGAAUAAUGUGUUAACAUGAAAACAACACAAACAUUGUGUUGUACUGUUCACUUCGGAGUCAGACAGGUCACAUCUGAAGUGUAGCAGAGAGUUUUUGCACACAGUUGUUGAUGUUUUGUUCAUAUUUUGAAAGGUUUAAUUUUUUAUAGCUGGUCAGUAACGUUUUAAGUUCUGUUUUAUUUCUGCUUUUAUUUAAUGAUUGUUUUGAUACAAAUUCAUUUACAAGAUGCACCACUUGGCAAUCUUUAAUUUUCAUUCAGUUGUGAUAUACCACUCGUUUGUCUUGAUCCGAGCUGUGCUGAGGCAUGGAGGUGGCCGAUACAGAUUUUGUACGGGAUGAGGAAAUAAAUACCAACCUGCUGUUGCAGAAAGAAAUGCAGACUACCGAUACUGUACCGGUAUUUAACCAGAGCAGCUUUCAGAGAUUAUGUGUGACAUUCAAGGUGAAAAUGAUAUGUGCUGGUUGUACUUACUUAAAAGGGAAGAUUUUCUGCUUGUACUCUACUUGUACUGUUUUAUGUUGUAAACUGAAUAUCUUUUGUGUUUUGGAUUGUUGGUUGCACAAAACAAGACAUUUAAAUACGUUAUCUGGGGCUGUUGUUAUAACUUGUUACAGUCAUACAAUCAAAAUGAAACAAAUGAAGUAAGGUUGGAUAAACAAUGUUUUUAACCAGGUCUUUAUUAGCGCUUUAACAAGGAUGGACAGUUAACAGCUAGGAAACAGGUCUACAUUAUGCUCCACUUCCACCAUCAUGCUGUUCAGGAUUUAGCAUCAUGAUUAAUAAAAUCACAUGUGGACUUUUCGCUCAA